ACUUCCUCAUUUCAUAACCAUCCCAAAUUCUCUCUCCUCUCAAUUCCUCAAUCUCUGUCAUCUUCUUCAUAUUCAAGCUUUUCAAAGAUCAACAAUGUCAGGCCGAGGAAAGGGAGGCAAAGGGCUAGGAAAGGGCGGCGCAAAGCGUCACAGGAAGGUUCUUCGUGAUAACAUCCAAGGUAUCACUAAGCCAGCCAUUCGUCGAUUGGCUCGAAGAGGUGGUGUGAAGCGUAUUAGUGGUCUUAUCUAUGAAGAAACUCGUGGUGUUCUUAAGAUCUUUCUAGAGAAUGUGAUUCGUGAUGCUGUUACUUACACUGAGCAUGCCAGGAGGAAGACUGUUACUGCUAUGGAUGUUGUCUAUGCUCUUAAGAGGCAGGGUCGUACUCUCUACGGUUUCGGAGGUUAGGGUUAGGGUUUGGGUUUGUUUGAAUUGGGGAUUUAGCUUGAGAAUUAGAUUGAUGAUAAUUAGGAUUUGAUGUCGAUGUAAAUGUUUUGAUGGUAUUGUCUCUAUUUCUGGGAUAAUGAAUGAAAUCAUGGUUUUAAUUAUUUUGCAGAUUUUUCUCUA